AUGACACGAUGGGAUGCUCGAGGAACAUUCUCCAUCGACCCUAAAGCCACACCUUCAUUCACUUGCGUGGGCAUAGCUACAUCCAUGAAUCGCAAAUGUCAGAAUCCUAUUGGUAAACCAAGACGCAUCACAGCAGUUGAAAUACUGGAUGAGGUUUCAGCACUACCUAUUUCCGGACAAGACUAUAAUGAAAGAGGGCUAAAAGCAAAAAUGAAAGAGCUCCUUGGUGAAGUACUUUGUGGGAAACACAGAGAUGGAGGAGGAUACUCUCAGGCCGAAAAAUUAGGAAAAGAGUGGUGGGGCAAAGUGCAAAUGGCGCAAGCAGCGAUGCGAAAUGAUGGAGGGCGACGGCCGGCGCAGAUGAUACAGCGGAGGAGGGAACAUAGGCCUGUUGCGGACGCAGAGCCAAUUGCUGCUGAACGGGCUCUCCAGCGUCUCGAAUUCAAUCCAAUAAUAAUGGCGGCUCAAAUCCAGGUUCUGGAGAACCGUCUUGCGCGCGAUGAGGCAGAGAGAGCGGAAUUGAUGACGCGGAUAGAGGAAAGGUGGAGACUAUAUGAGAGGAUACAAGAAGAACAGAGGCGAGCAAGAGAGAGGCGAGAGGAAGCAAUGCUGCGAAGAGAAGAGGAGGAGAGACGACGAGAAGCCGAGAGAAUUCAAAGGGAGAGACAGCGGGAAGCGAAUAGGAUACGCGAUGAAAGAGAAGAAAUGGUGAGGAUGGAUAGAGAAUUUGCAUUAAGACUGCAAAGAGAAGAGGAGGAAGAAGCCGAACUGAGAAGAGAAGAAGAAGCAGAAGCAGAAGCAGAAGCACAACAACAACGAGCAGCACGAAGGGCAGCACGGAGGGUCGAGAAUAGGCGACAAGUGCAAGUGCUAGAUCUUAUUGUGUUGCCGCAACUAUUCCAGCCUCAUCCUGUUCAACGCGAAGUUCAACGAAAACCCCUUGGCGAUUGUUAUUCCUGCCUCGAACCCAUCCGCAGACAUAAAGACGCGGAUUGGUGUCGAGCGCAAUGCGGGCAAAAUAUCUGUAACAGAUGUCUCCAGGAGUGGAUGAAAAAUCAGGUGGGGAGAGAACUUACAUGUGGUGUUUGGUUUGCUGUUCCUUUCUUUUCUUCCUCGACUUUGGUGAGAUGA